AUGGUGUCGUUCGCGGCCAAUGCUCUCGCGGGCUUCAUGGGCGGAGCAUCGACCUUUGCAGGGGCCGGCAAGGCAUUGGUGGAUGUGUAUAACAAAGGCAAGAAACCCGUCCAGCAAGUCGUACCAUACGACUCGGUGGGAUCCGGCACCGGAAUCACCGGCUUAAACGGCGGCACGUACCAGAUCGCCAUCUCCGACGACCCUAUGACCUCCACGCAGGAAGGGAGCGCUCCCCCCAAGAUCACCGUUCCGCUCUGCGUCUCCACCUUCAGUUUCUUCGUAAACGGCGCGCCCGGCGUCGUCCUGACGGUGGGCCAGACGUAUUCUAUCUACAAGGGAGACAUCACCGCGUGGUCCUUCGUCGCCGGCGCAAAGGGCAAGGUCGCGGGCGCCAUCACCCGCGUGGCGCGCAGCGACAAGUCUGGAUCUACGGCGAUUGUGAAGACUCUGUGGAGCAAGGCUCUGGGCGCCACGUACACCGAGAACACGGACGGCACUGCGAUGGGUUACACUGGCCUCACUAAGGUGGACGGUACGACGGGCAUGUGCAGUGCGAUUGCCAAGACCAAGGGCGCCAUUGGUUACGCGUUCACCGGUUCCUGCGCCCCGCGUUACCUUACGUUUCUGAAGAACGCCAACGGUGCGGCCGUCAAGGCCCCUGCUUGGAACCCCUCCCUUGCCAUCCCCGCCACUCCUCCUGCCGCGCCUGACGCGUCGUGGGCGAGCGUUGAUUUCGUGUGGAAGGCCGGAGCCAAGACCCCUCCGAUGGUGUCUAUGGAGUUUGCGUUUAUCAGGAAGACUCCCUCCACCCCGGUCGCAAAGGCCUUCAUGCUGUAUAUGAUUGGCGCUAUGAAGACAAACAAGUAUGGUUUCAACCCGAUGCCUCUUUCUUGGAUCAACCCGUCCAAGGCCAUGGUGGUCGCGAUUAAGUAA